UCUCUCUCCAACCGUGUUAACGUUGAUCGUGAAUAUCCCGAGUCAGAAUCUGACGUUGAGAGUGUGGACAGCUUCGAGGGAACUGUGCGUUUCUUUCCCUCAGAUGAUGACAGUACCGAUACUGAAACAAGUCCACCUUCGCCUACAAGCUCUGUCAUCUCUAGCUUCGAUCGUACAAAUAUUGGCCUAUAUGCAGAUCAUACUACACGUCUAUCUUCUAAGAUUGCAGACCGUCGUAUUCCUAGAGCUUAUCGUCCUGGCCCUGCCAAUAUUCUCCAGGCAUUGACACAAUCCUGUUCUAACGAUUUUGUUAGUCUAGAACGCAUGGAGACAAUUGGGGACAGUUUCCUUAAAUUCGCAGUUACAGUAUCUCAAUUCCUUCGUUUCCCGAAUGCUCACGAGGGCAAACUGAGCUUCUUGCGGAGUCGUGUGGUAUGUUUUAGCACUGCUUGA